GGCUUAUUGUUAACCCACCCGGAGCAGCAAAUCCUCACAGACCUGUAGGAGCUGGAGUGGGAGCACCAGGAGCACGACUUCUUUCUGAGUCCCUGGCAUCCCCGGAAGCUUCAACUCUGGAGGCGAUGGGCCGGAAGGAAGAAGAUGACUGCAGCUCCUGGAAGAAACAGACGACCAAUAUCCGGAAAACCUUCAUCUUCAUGGAGGUGCUGGGAUCAGGAGCUUUUUCGGAAGUUUUCCUGGUGAAGCAAAGGGUGACUGGGAAGCUCUUCGCCCUGAAGUGCAUCAAGAAGUCACCGGCAUUCCGGGACAGCAGCCUCGAGAAUGAGAUCGCCGUGCUGAAAAAGAUCAAGCAUGAAAACAUUGUGACCCUGGAAGACAUCUAUGAGAGCGCCACUCACUACUACCUGGUCAUGCAGCUUGUUUCCGGUGGGGAGCUCUUUGACCGGAUCCUGGAGCGGGGUGUAUACACAGAGAAGGAUGCCAGCCUGGUGAUCCAGCAGGUCUUAUCAGCCGUGAAAUACCUCCACGAGAAUGGCAUCGUCCACAGAGACUUAAAGCCUGAAAACCUGCUGUACCUCACCCCUGAAGAGAAUUCUAAGAUCAUGAUCACAGACUUUGGUCUGUCCAAGAUGGAACAGAGUGGUGUCAUGUCCACUGCCUGUGGGACCCCAGGCUAUGUUGCUCCGGAAGUGUUGGCCCAGAAACCCUACAGCAAAGCUGUGGAUUGCUGGUCCAUUGGCGUCAUCACUUACAUAUUGUUGUGUGGGUAUCCUCCUUUCUACGAAGAAACUGAGUCUAAGCUUUUUGAGAAGAUCAAAGAAGGCUACUAUGAGUUUGAGUCUCCAUUCUGGGAUGACAUUUCUGAGUCAGCCAAGGACUUCAUUUGCCACUUGCUGGAGAAAGACCCGAGUGAGCGGUACACCUGUGAGAAGGCCCUGAGGCACCCCUGGAUUAACGGGAACACAGCCCUCCACCGGGACAUCUAUCCAUCAGUCAGCCUUCAGAUCCAGAAGAACUUUGCCAAGAGCAAGUGGAGGCAAGCCUUCAACGCCGCCACCGUGGUGCACCACAUGAGGAAGCUGCACAUGAACCUGCACAGUCCCGGCGUCCGCCCCGAGAUGGAGAACAGGCCUCCCGUCACGAAAGCCUCAGAAGCUUCGAGACCCAGCUCCCCUGAGAUCACCAUUAUUGACGCCCCCGCCCUGGACCAGAGCGUGGCCCUCCCGGCCCUGACCCGGCUGCCCUGCCAGCAUAGCCUCCGGCCCACAGCUCCCGGUGGCAGGUCCCUCAACUGCCUGAUCAACGGCUCCCUCCGCAUCAGCAGCAGCCUGGUGCCCAUGCAGCACGGGCCCCUGGCGGUGGGGCCCUGUGGCUGCUGCGCCAGCUGCUUGAGCAUCGGGAGCAAAGGGAAGUCCUCCUACUGCUCUGAGCCCUCACUCUUCAAAAAGGCCAACAAAAAGAACUUCAAGUCCGAGGUCCUGGUGCCAGUCAAAGCCAGCGGCAGCUCCCACUGCCGGGCGGGGCAGACUGGAGUCUGUCACAUUAUGUGAUCCCUGUGUCACUGCAGCUUUCAGGAGAGAUGGCCAACUCUUCUCUGCCCUUCCGAACCUGGGUCUACUCUGCAGCAGGAGGAGGGGAGCAAGCGGGGCAAGGCGUGGCAGGAGCAAUUUCCGGUCAGAAGCAGCCAACUGCUUCCGCCUGGGGCAGCCCCUCACCGCAGGCCCAGGCGUGAGCCUCCGGGCGACAAGGCCUCUGAAGCUGUGGGCAGGAGGAACGGCACCCGCCGGCUUCCAG